CCUAAGCUAAUGAAAACCAACGUUGCCGCAAGCCACCGAGUUCCCUUUUUCGACUUCCAGCUUUUCGAGUUCGAGUGCCUGCACAUUGCUUGAUCCCCAGUUUGCCAGUGCCUGCACGUUGCCUGAUUCGGAACCGACAUGCGUAGAGGCAGAGCUGGAGCUGGGGCUGGCGCUGCGGGGGGCCGGCAGAAGAGCGCUGUCGAGCGGGACCUGUCGACCGCGCUGUCAUCGCUCAGGGCUGGCCAGGGCCUGCAAAGGCACCUCGUCGACAGGCUCGGAUCCUGUCGCGAUGAAAUGCUUAACAUGGAGCAAUCGCCCGAAAACAACGCGGCCGCGCUCGCUGUGCUAGGCUGGGCGGCACGCGAGGCAACGCGCGUGGCCCAGACGCAACAGGAGCCGCAGCAACGCGGGGGGCCGCGCUCCGGGGCAUCAGAGGAGGAGCUUUCGCGGCUGCUGCAGCUGGUGUCGUCAGCCCUGACGCCGAUGGCUUGGCUAACUGACGCAAAAUCCAGCCCGGAGCUGGGGCAGGCCGUGGCGCGCACACAGCUGCCGCAGGCGUUGGCGAGUCUGCUCCUGGCCCUGUUCCCGCCCGGCUUCAGGUGCUGCAGCGGUUCCGAUGGAGCCAGCCACAGCAGCCGCGGCAGUAGCAGCAGUGGCAGCGGUGGCAGCGGUGGCAGUAGCAGCGGUAGCGCGGGUGUCGGCAGCGGCGGCCUAAGGACGCGGCUGGACCUGCUCAUGUGUGUAGCGUCGGUGACCUCCGGCAUGUGGUCAGCGGGGGCACAUCGCGUACCCGAGCUGGUGGCCUGCCUCCAGGAGACCCAUCUGCUGGAGCGCGUAGCAGCUGCCCUGCUGCAGGCUCAGGGGGCGGAGUGCGGCCAGCAGCAGCAACAGCAGCAGCAGCAGCAGCGCAGUGGUGGCGCAGGCGCCAGGCCCUCGACUGGCAGCCACCGCAGCGGCGGCAACGGCAGCAGCUGCUACGUGGCUUGGCUCCGGAGCGCCAAAGAAGCCAAGCGGCUCUGGCUCACGUCACAAGAUAUGACAAAGCAGGUGGUCACUGUGACUGCGCCCGCUAUCCCGCCUCGAAUCUGGGUUAUGCCGGGAAACGUGCAAGCCAUCGCCGGGGACCUUCCGCAGUGCCGCGAGGCGCUGUCGGCUCCGGCCGUACAGCUGUGGCUGGGGCGGACGCUGGUGGCAGAGACCAACAGAUGCCUGGCAGAGGCGGACGAGGGGGAGGAGGAGGGGGAGGAGGAGGCAGCACAGGCGGCCGGCGGCUCAGCGGCGGACAGCUCUGGAGUGGCGGCGGUGCUGACCAGGGACGUACAGCAGCAGCAACGGUGGUUCGGGCUCCCAGAGUCCCUACGCCCCGGCGGUCUGCCGCUGCCAAGGGAACGCAGGAACACGGCUGACCUGUUGAUGGAUGUCGUGGAGUCAAUUGGGGUGGUAUGGGGCUUCACGGUGUCAGGGCCGCGCCUGCCGCGCCUGGGGCAGCAACCGCCACAGAUAUUCUUUGAAAGGCAUCCUGCUGGCGAGGCAAUGCGCAAGGUGAUAGGCGGCGUCGGCACACCUGCAGAGGCGGCUGCGGUGGCGGCGGCGGAGGCCCAGCUGCCGCCGCUGCACCCGCCGUCGUAUACGGCCGUGCAGGUGUACGAGAUGACUCAUGCGGCCCUGACGGCGGCGCUGGACCACGCGCCCGCAGAGGCCGUGUGCCUUCACGCGCCAUCGCUGCUUGCGCGCUUGGUGAUGGAGCUGCCGCCGCGUCAGGCGGCGGCGCGUCUGCCGGGCCUGUGGCGCACGCUGUCACAUGUGCUGCCGCGUCUGGCGUGCGGUGGCACUGGCGACCGCGAAGCAACCUUUGGCAUGAUGUGCCAAGGUCCCUUCUGGGAGCCUGGGGCAAUAUGUCGGUCGGAGUGUACACGCCUAUACAGCUACUACCUUUGCAUGCUUCUGCAGCUGAAGCUGCAGCUGCCGUCAGCAGGGUCGGGGGCUUUAGCGGACUCAGGCGCGGGACCGGCGGCGGAUGCCGCCACUGCAGUCGGAGGGCCGGGGCCGGGGCCGGACUUCAGCCUGCGCUGCGCGCUGGGCGGUGGUCUGCUUCCCGCCAUUGAGGCCCUGCUGCGGCGGCUGUGCAGGACUGCCGCACAGGCGACGGCGGGGCCCAGCGAGGCAGCAGGCUUUAUGGAUGCAGCACAGCAAGCGUCUUACACGGUGCACAUUCUGCUGCGCUGCUCUGGCGUGUGGCCGGCUAUGCUGGCGCACGGGCCGCCGCAGCAGGCGGCGUCGCUGGUGCGCACCAUGGGCAAGGCGCUGGCGGCAGUCGGCGACACGUGCGCUGCGCUGCAGCAGCGGCCGCAGCUGCUGGGGGCGGCGACGAAGAUGGUGCGUUCAGCGGGGGGCUAUGAAAUGGGGCAGGGCGACUUCUUUUCCGCGCUAGCCGCGCUGCUGGAGCAGGCGUCUGUCAUGCUGGACCAAGGGAUGGUCCUCCAUGGCCUCCGGGGCCUGGACGCGGCUGUGGCAGCAGCUGUGGCUGACCAGUAUCGACAGGCGCGAAACAUGCCAGUCAAUGACUCAAGCCCGCUGGACCCGUUCACGCUGGACAUCGACUGGGUCGCAGCCGUGGGCGGCUGCCCCUCCGCUGACACCGCUGCGGCACGUCAGCAGCGGGCACUGGCGGGCUGGGCGUUGCGGCAGUGGAUGCCGGAGCUGUUGCGACAGGCGGAAAGCGACGGCCCCGCAGCCGUAAACCGUGUGUACGCAGUCAGCCAUGCGCAGGACAUGGCUAUCAGGGCCCUAUGGCCGGUGAUGCGUGAGCACCUGCUAGCGAGUGGCAGGACGGCCGCAGCAUCAGCCACCGCCUCCUGCCCGGCCGACGCCGCGGCGAACGCAGCGGGCUGGCGGCACUUCCUGCUGAACGGGCUGGACGCUUUGGGCUGGACGGAGCGAUUGCUGGCAAAGACGGCAAACGCCCCGCCAACGGCGGACGACAUGCAUGAAUGGAGCUGGUGGAUGCUGCUGGGGCUGUCGCUCCUAGCCCUCAGCGAGGUGCCUGGUGGGCUGGAGGUGUGCGAUGCCGCGGCCAGCGCGGGGGGCUGCAAAGCAGCCGCGGGCAGCAGCAGCAGCAGCAGCAGCACUGUAGCAGCGACGCCGGGGCAGCUGCAUGCAGGAGGGGCGGCUGGGGUCGGCAGCACCAGCAGGCGGCAGGAGCGGCGGCAGCAGCAGCAGCGCAUGCUGCAGCACCUGCGUCAGAUGUCACGUCAUAUGGAAGGGGGCUGGGCCGCCGCGACUAUUGGCAGUGUGGAGCUGUCGCUGCAAGCGGUGUGGGAGCAGGCGGAGGCAGUAGGGCUUCACCCCAGCGACUCGGCGGCGGCUGGCGGCGGUGCGGCAUUGGCUGCCGCGCCCGCUGCCACUGCUGUGAACCCGCCGCCGCCAGCCUACAAGGUGCCGGAGCGGCUGCUUACGGGCCUGGCAGCUGGGAGCAGUGGGAUUGUGACGCUGUGGGGCGGCGUGCCCUUGGUGCCGGGUGCGGAGCAGAUGGCGGCGUUGCUGGGCGAGGCGGGCCUGGUGCUGUGCGGCAACCCCGCCUGCAGCAGUCUGGAGGGCGACAGCGAGGCAGGUCUCAUGGCGGCGGGAGCUGCGGCGGGGCAGCAGCGGGGCGGCCGGGGCGAGGCCGCCGGCGGGGGCGGACGCAUCAAGACGUGCUCCCGCUGCCGCGCGGUGCGGUACUGCUGCGGUGCGUGCCAGCUGCAGCACUGGACCACGGGCGGGCACAAGGAGGCGUGUGCCGGGGCUGCUGGGGGCAGUGGCGGGGCGGGCGGUGGUAGCAAGGCCGGCAGGUGAAGGGUUGCAUGGGCUUACGGCUUCUAGGACCUUGCAUGAAUGAACAGACAUAUGCGUUGAUGCGUAUGGCGAUAAGUCGAUACGGUGUUAUCGUGCUGCAUUGCAUUUGUUGCUGUAUAAAUGGAUGCGGUGAAGCAGGAUAGGCACCGCGCAGCCGUGGCAGCGGAUGGACGUGUCAGCAAUGUGCAUGUGUGGGUGUCGUAUUGACGGGCGCGUGUUGAUAGGGCGCCUAGCUGGUGCUCCUGCAAGAUUUCGGGCGAGGCCUAGGCCUUCUGUGAGUAUGUAUGCGCGUUGGACAGCGCAGCGAGUUGAUGGCGGGUACAGUACUGUACCGGCACUACGGCCCGCUUCAGACGGCGCGUGCGGUUGGCUGUGGGACAGGCUUGUAGGUACCGUGUAUGGGAGCCACCGCCAGAUAGCCUGCACCCGCUGAUUGGCGCCACAAAUUUGUACAGCGCUGAGCGGCUUAGGCAUGGCGAAACGCAUGUGUAUGUUGGACCCUUGGUGCAACCAUUGGGUGCCGGGAGGUGGUCGACAAGCGGUGGCGAGUUCAGUCCAUUCUGUUACGCGGCCGAUUGUAUCAGUACCAGAUUGGUGCCGUUAUGCAGUACAAGCUGAUUGGGGCAGCACCGGAUUGGUGUGAUGGGACAGGGUAAGGAGCAGGUUGGCGACUUGGCGUAGUCUCGUAGUGUGCAACGUAUUCCCAGACGACCCAGCAUGCAGCAAUCAAGUUGCGAUUUCAACGCUUGUGCGCGUGACUGAUAAAGUUCUGGAGUGACUGUACGAGGCGUCGCUUGCUUGCUUGUAGGCGGGUAGUUACGCUGACGCACAUUGAUUGAUCGUUAGGGUUCCACUUGCCGUUGCUCGUGGAGUUGUUUGAUGACCACCAUUGACAGUUGCCAGUAUGCGGUGCGGGGUGUCGUACGGAAGCCGUCAGCAGGAGUAGAAGGGAGGGAGGGAGGGAGGGGGCCGGGCGGAUGACAGCACGGAACUAGCCGUGUGGAGUGGGUCCAAAGGGGCAAAGGCUGGGGCAGUGGCCAUGGGCAGUGGCCGAGCUGUGGCACCCAUUGCAUCUGCGGCAUGAAUGCAUGAUUUAAACUUGCCCGGCUAUGACUGCAGCUUUUGGCCGCAUCCUAAG